AGAUGGCAGUAACAUGCGUUUGUGAUGCAGUUAGGUCAGUUCGGUUAAGUUUACCAUGUGUCUACAUAACCUCUUUAACCGCGCUGCAUAUUAUAGAGAAAACAUUAAUUUUUUUAUAAGUUAGCAGUUAAAUAAAAAUUAUUUUGCGAGUUUUCUAUUUUUAUAUAACUAAAGUUAAAAUUUUUAAUAACUAAGUUAUUUCAAAGACUGCAAAAUCGACCAAGGCUUUUUCCCGAGUUGAGAUCAGAGGAAUCGAGUAAGACGAAGUAAUACAUAACUGUAUUUCAAUCAACAAAAAUACAAUUAUGUUGGGUACUUUAAAAUAUAUUUUACAUAUAUCUUUUAAUACACAAAGUAUGUGUCAGCCGUUCAUUAAGAGAUACUCCUCAAAAGAUAACAAAAUUAAAAGGGUGAUGAAAGAAUAUAGAUCAGUUUUUGGUCCAUUAAUUGAAACAAAGACUCAAAAGAAAAAGAGGUUAAAAUUAGAAAAGAAAGGCAAAAUACCCCAUGAAAAAUCAAAUAUGGUAAAUACAGAAUUGUCAUGGGUUAUGGAAACUUUUCAAGAUAAACUCAAAAAGGUUACUGUCACUGCAAAGCAACGAAAUAAACAAUUGAAUGACGAAGAUCAAAGUAUGAAAAAAUUUAGCGAGAUGGAUGUUCAAAGUCUAACUGAUCAAAGUAUAAAAGAUUCUUCUCAAGAUCCUGAUUCUACUCAAGUUGCUCAGGAAAUAGAACAUAAGUUUACUAAUACAACAUCUAAUUUGUCACCAAAAAGUAGUGAUAUUAAAGUUAUAUCUAAUUCAUCACCUGAUAAUGAAAACACAGUCACAAAAUACAUGUCUUCUGAUAUUAGAAGAUUGCCUGAUGUUAUUAUAAAUAAUUUACUAUCUUUUCCAAUCAUGAACAGUAAAGAAGACAAAACAUUUCCCUUACAAUCAACGGAAAUAUUAUCUAUAUCUGGAAAAGAUAAUCUAGAAACAAUAAAAUUUCCCAGUGUAACUAAGAUUCUCACUCAAACCUUAUCACCAGAGUCAAAACUGGCUCUAGAGGCAUGGAAAGAGAGAAUGAUAAAAAAGCUUGGGCAAGAAGGAUUUGAAGAGUAUCAAAAAGCAUUGUUAGAGGAUGGUACGUCCUUGCAUUCAUGCAUAGCACAGAGCCUGUUGGGUAAAGAAUAUGAGGUUCCCUCGAGAAUAGAACCAGUUUUUAAGAGCGUCCGGUGUGUUUUGGGAGAUGUGCACCAUGUGAAAGCGAUCGAGACAUAUGUGGCUCACACAAAAUUACAUUACAAAGGCGUAGUCGAUUGUAUAGCCUCUUAUAGGGGCGAAAAUUACGUAAUUGAUUGGAAAAAAUCUGACAGGAAGAAAUUGAAUUUGAAGGAAACAUACGACGCGCCUGUACAACUCGCCGCGUACAUCGGUGCUAUCAAUGCUUCUAAUCUAUAUCCCUUUGAGAUAAAGCGAGGUUUACUCGUGAUUGCUUACACGUGCGGCGCACCAGCAACGGUGUACGAAGUGUCCGACAACACGUUGCAGCAAUACUGGACAGUGUGGCUGCGUCGCCUGCAGAAGUACUAUGUCGAAACGACGAGGAGCGUUGACAACAACGACAGCGUACACCAAUAAAAGCGUUAAUGUACCGCGUCGCGUAUAUUCAUUAAAACUUCCCCCCCACAAAGCCAAUUAAAUCCUUAUCCGUCAGCCACAGGUAACUCCCGGCAGGAGUCGGCGGGAGAAGUUUUUAAUUCCAUCCUUUGCGCGUCAGAAGUUGCAAUAAUCUAUAGUCUUCGGGGAGUAGUUGGGAAAAGCCCUCUCCGAAAGCUCGUAGAAAACCAGAGGACGAGAGAGAUACGAAAGAGGGAAACCACGCCGAUACACCGACUUAUUAAGCCCUGCGGUGGGCUCAGGCAUUUAUGAUUUAUGACAAACGCGUAUGCGUAUAUUUUCCGCAACGCCUGUAGCAACGGUUAUUAAGAAAAUACGUGAACUGCUGUUGCGCGACAUAUUAUAAUUUGUAAAAUACGUUUACGCCAUUAUUAAAAGUUAUUGUAGUUUACGAAAGCUGUAUUUUUAUAAAGUUCGUAAAAUCUUCGAACUGGCAAAGAUUAAUGUUCUCUUUUUCCGAAGAAGAAAGUGUCUUUUUUUUUUACAAAUUCGCAGAUUCGAGAAAUAAACAUAUUAAUUUUUACGUUAUAUCGAUUUUUAUAUUUCCUUAUGUUACUCUUGUCAAGAGACACUUAAGUGUUUCAUUUUAGAUCUUAAUUUAAAUAUUAAUUUGCAUCAAUUUUGAUAUUCACACAAUAUUGAGUUGUCAUCAAGAACUUAUCUCGGCUCUAAAAUGGGCUUUUGAUUUCACAGUCCCAGAAUAUCAUAUUAUAGAUGAAGAACACUGUAACUACAAAAAACUUAAUGGGCGUAUGCCGAAAAAACGCGGUCACCAUCCUGGUCGUCGAGUGAACAAUACAGCAAUUAUAACUUUCGCCGGCAGGGCAGAGAAGGCCUGAAGGGGGUGCUACGUUACGUGGCUCCCUGUUACAAGGCCCUAUAAACAUUGCGACCAACCCUUCGUGCGCCCUUGGGGAUCGUAAACUAAUGGUGAAGCGGUGUAGCAGAAUUAUAUCGUUCGUUGUUUCCGCAUACCUGGAUCACACACAGAGACCGGGAAUCACAUUAGGAUAUCAGAUAUUACGAACCGCGUCCUUUAUGUCCAAACGGUCUGUUCCGCACGUGUAUAUCCAGUAUCAAUUCGUAAUGACAUUAAUGGAGUACUUUUUCGUCAUCUUGAAUCUUCACAUUUUUCAUUCUUCUUUCUUUUUUAUCACGCACUUGUAGAGAUACGUGGAACACUCGCUAAACUGCCACUUCUUGCAGCAUUUAUUUUCGGAUACUAAAUUUGAAAUAAUUUUUAAUUUUAUGUUUAAGACAAGUGUUUUGAGUUAAGUAAGAAAACAGAAUUUAAAAAAUGAUAUAUUAUAUCAGUAUUCCUUGUUUAGUACAUUAUUAUUAACAUAAGUAUACAAGAGAAAUAUCUAGUGACAUUAACAUAUAUAAAAAUUUCAAUUUUCUUCAUCAUAUGUUUAUAAAUGCUGCUUUCCAUUUAUCUGAAAGUGAGACUGAGUAAUGUGUCACUCAGUAAUGUGAGUAUUUUAUAAUCGGAUAGUGACGUCAUUACUCAGAUUUAAAGAAACAUGCAAGUGAUCACGCUUAUUUUAAUGACAAAAUUAUCUCAAUAUAUAACUUCACUUCUAAAGUGAGUUAAGCGAGACUCAAUAAAGCACACGGUCUUGAAAUUGCUCAGAUUGUAGGAAAAAACUCAGUUGAAUCUCACUUGUGAGAAUGCAAAAGGAACGUGCAUUUAACUGAGUUAUGACGUCACAAGUGAGAAUUAUCUGAGUUUUGAUGUAAAUGGAAAGCAGCAUAUGUUAUACAAUAAAUUAAAAGUUUAAGGUGAAAAAAGCUAUUCAAAACUCCGAUAACGAAAAAACCCUGAAAAUUUUAAUAAAUUAUUAAAAAUCAUAUUGUGUGAAAAAUCUAGUUACUGGAACCUCAACUCAUUAUUCCUCGAGAAUUUUUUUUCUUUUAGAAACAUAUGUUUAUUUCCCAUUAUCUUUUAUUCCGUUAACAAUACUUUCAUAUGCUUUCUGAUGAUAUUUACAAGCCUCUGCAAACUGUUUUACAUCAAAGAAUUCUUUCAUUAAAAUGCAAAGCAGCUACAUGAAACAGUUACUGGUCUUUUUUUUUAGAAGCAAAUAUUAUGAAACAAGUGCUGUAAUAUGUUGAAGUUUUAGUAAAUAAAAAAUAUAUUUUGCCACAAGUUUGCUUUUCACAGUAACUGAUUAAAAAUUCAUUAAGAAAAGUUAGUAUAUUAAUAUUUCACUCGAUAUAUUUUUAUAUAUGUUAGAAAGAUUAUUUUGGGUAGGCUUCAGAUAGCCAAAAAAAGUUCCGCGAUGGCAAAUGCAAACAAUCACGAGGAUAUCCACAAAGUUACAUCGCGAUAAAAAAAAAACGAUAAGGGGUGAUACAGUGCAAGUACCGUGAUGGCGCAUUUCUUUCAUCUCCCUGCCGAGAAGUCAGAUCAAAAGAGCGAGGGCCUACAUAUUGUGCCGCAAUUUGUUUUACGUAAUACUACGCUAACGUUGCAAAGUGAUAUUUAGUGCGGGCCGUGGGAUUUAUCCGCUGAGAAUUCCGUCGUGUGCACGUCCCCCGACAUCCUGCCGACAUCCUGAGCAAAGACAACAAUAUUUCCGGAUUAGAUAUUUAGCGAGCACGCCCAGCCCCAGAUGAAUCUAAAUCUCCCGGUUAAGCCCCGCUAAUCCUCCCGUAACAGCGGCAUAUUUUCAUCGGCCGGUCCCACCCCCUUUGAGUGCGCGAGGAGUUAUGAAAACGAUAACUUUAACUUGCCGGAUGGACCCCACGUUUCCUACCCGGUCUUCCCCCCUUUCGCCGCUCGGACGCGCGAGAUCGGAGAAAAUGUGCCGCUGGAACUAUUGAGCCCGCAAUUUAUCGAAGACCUCCGUGCAGGACUGCCCUCCGAGCGUAUUUCUUAUUAUAUUGCUCGUCUUUAAUGCAGCGACGAACAGCAGCGGAUUUUUAUUAAGUCCACUCCACGAUCCGAUAAACCCCAGCAAUUUCUCAUCCCACUACAAAUAUUGUGCGAGAGCUUUCAAUGAGAGCGCUCAAUUAUUAUUUUCCAUCCCGAGAUGUGUUUUCGUCGCUGAAUAUUUUACUGAAUUCGAAAUAUGAUACUUUUAUAAACUAAUAAUUAUGUUAAAAAUGUAUACGAUAUCAGAAAGCCUGAGAGAAUAAUAGUUUUUUAUAAAAAAAAUGUAUAGUAUUUUAUAUUAAAGCGUAAAAUGUGCAACGUA